UAUCGCACUGCUUUAGAUGACCUAGAACACCUAGUUGUCAUGCAUUUGUUUGAGCUCUCAAAGCUUUCACUUUCAGGAACAGGUGCAUAUUUGAUCUUUCACUUACUUCAAUGCUCUGAGGCAAUUCAAAAUGCACUCAGCUGGUACAAUGUUCAGGCUGCUGGAUUAGAUCCUCUGCGUCCACAGUUGUCUUGGAAAGACAUUACCGAGUAUAGUUUUUUAGGUGAGUUUUAUUUACUCCACCAUUCACGUACAGACAUUCGCAACCUUGACUGGACCAAGCCUGCCCAUCAGGAAGCAACAGUAAAAUAUUUCAAGCUAUGUCGUGCUCAGGAAGAGAUCGCACAGCUUAAUGUUGAAGUCCACCGACUACACAAAGCAAUUCAUGACAAAGCCAUCAAAAUGACAACAGUUAUCACUGAACUUUUGGUUUUGAAUCCUCCAUUAGGUCAUGAGCUACAACGGCAAUGGAAAGCAUGCAAAGAUAUCAAUGCGGUGCAUGCCUUUCGGUUGGAUCAGAUCACACUUCAACCAGGUUUCUCAGGUAUUAGAGGGAUUGGCUGGCAGGUUGGGGCU